GCUCUCUCUCUUCAUUCGUUCCCGGCCUCACCCCGAGCCAGUCGUCUCGCUAGGGUUUCGCCGCCGCCGCCGCCAUGCCUCGCCGCAGCUCAGGAAGGUCUGCCCCACGCCCAGCUCCCCGUGCUGCUUCACUGAGGAACCCGCCACAGCCAGCACGCCAGGCUCCUCCUCCAGCUCCUGUUCGAGAUGGUGGUGGCUCCAUGUUUGGAGGAAUUGGGUCCACCAUUGCUCAAGGUAUGGCGUUUGGCACGGGUAGUGCCAUGGCACACAGGGCUGUUGACUCUGUAUUAGGUCCCCGGACCAUCCAGCAUGAGACUCUUGCCACAGAAGCUCCUGCUGCUGCCCCUGCUGCUCCAGCGAUGAAUGCUGAUGCUUGCAGCUUCCAUUCUAAGGCUUUCCAAGAUUGUCUGAACAACUAUGGCAGCGAGAUCAGCAAGUGCCAGUUCUACCUAGACAUGCUGAACGAGUGCCGCCGUGGUGGUGUGUCUGUCUAAGCUGCCUCUGGGAUUAUUCAUGGAUUUUCUUUUCGGAUGAGGGUAUCUCAUUAAUAAGACACCGUGAAACUUCGACCAUCUCCACAGCUUGAAACCAUACUUCCUGGGAUUAAUUUAUUUUGUUAUCCUAUGGUGUUGGAACAGACUUUUGUCUCUUGAUCAUAAAUAUUUAAACGAACCUGUUAUGUUGGAGUA